UCAAUAUUUACGUGUUUAAAUAAACAAAUAAAUUAUUGUGAUACAACUAUUUAAGAGGUUCUAGGAAUAGAUGCAAGAAGGGGGAUGGAGUCCUUAUAUACAUAGCUAACAGUAUAAACAUCCGUCUCUUUAUUUGUGAAUCCCAUUAUAGUGGAACCAGUAAAGUCGCUAGCUGUGGACUCGCUUUUGAAGGUUGAGCAUUUAUACUCGGUGUCAUCUAUCGUUGCUCAAUCUGCUUAGCUGAUGACUUUAUUUUAGAGCCCAUUCAGCUAUGGAGUGAAAAUAACGGAUACCUGGUAUUAGGUUAAUGGACCUGAUAUUGGUUGAACAGAGAUAGCUGCUGUAGGAUCUGAAAACCUUCGAUAGUAGGCUCCUGACGCGGGUAAAGUACAAUAUGUAUCCGAACCUACACAUUUUGAUCCGAACCAAAAAUCCUUGUUAGACUUAGCAAUCACUCAUGCGACCGAGGAUAUUGUCUGUCUAAAUAUCCUCCCACUGUUAGCUAAUGGCGAUCAUACUGUUCUGUCGUUCGCGUCUAGAGCUUGUGACAUUAUAUACGAUCAGGUUAAACCUCUACCAAAUGUGUGGGGAGCAAAAUAUCGGCCAUCCAGGAGUGCGCUGGUCAGUAAACACUAGCUCAUCAGUCGAAGAAGCGUAGCCCAUAUUUAAUGAUAGGCUUAGCUUAGUUACGUCCCCAUUUAUACCUUGCUUUGUACCAUGUAGACUAAACUACUGCCCACCAUGGAUAAAAAAGCAGGUCAAGAAACUUCCUAGACGUAGGAAAAAGCAAUGGAUUAUGUUUAUCUGUAUAGGCUUCGAACAGCACAGAUUCAUGUAUUGUAAGAAUAGGGACGCUUGCAAAGCCUUGAUAAGUAAGGCUAGAUACCCAUAUGAAAAACAAUUGCUUGGGGAUUGUUAAAGUAGUCCCGAAAGGUUCGUAAUUUAUUCCAUUAACUGAACGCAGAAAUGUUUAGGGUAUUAUACUCAGCUUAUGUGAGACCGCAUUUGGAAUAUUGGAUUCAAGCAGCGAAUGCUUGUUUCAAGUAUGAGGCGGAUAUGCUAGAACAACGACGAGAAACCAAAAUGAUGAACGUUCUCACUGACCUAUCUUAUAGAAACAGACAAACGCCUUAACCGAUUUCCGUUAUAUUACCGUUCACGGGUGAUCUAAUACUGGCUUGUUGUAUACUGAACAAUGAUGUUGGUAUUGAUAUAUUUUUAUUAACAUCUAAGACUGACCAUCUGAGAGGAUAUUCUAAGGAUGCUCAAGGCAUGAAAUCAAAUCGCUUACGUCUGGAGUUAUAUCGAUAAGUUUUGUGUUAGUGUUGCCGUCCCUAAUUGUAGCCCAGUUUUCUCUCGAAAUGUUUGUCAUUCAAAUGGGACGGACUCUAAAACAGUAUUUCUUAGUUACUGGGUCGUUUCUCUCUUGUUUAUGUAGAAGAUAUGAAUGAUCUUGUUUAGCACCUCGGCCGUUAUAUUAUCAAAUUUAGUUCACUGGUUUCGAUUACCGAUUUGUCUUAAAUAUAUUCUUUAGUUUAUGACUAUCCGCUUUCACUUCGAAAUGGUUUUUUUUUCUUUCAGAUUUCCAUUCUGGUUAAGGGAACUUCCACCUUCAAGCUUAUGAAAAUCUUUGACGCUUACCUAACAUAAUCAUAACAGUAUAUUAUAAGCCCGACAUAAAUUUAUUAACGACUUAGAGUCAUAUUUUCUCUGGGAAAAGUCUGUGUUAAGGACGUUUACAUCAAGUUCAAACAAACUCGUAGAAUGAGUUAUGAAAGACAGUCCAACUCAACGAUCUCCAAUCCCAGCCUAUCUGGUUUGGCGCUAAAUCUAUCUCAGGCGUCAAUACCAACUGGACCAAUUCUUCUUCCACAAUUUAUUUCUCCUAGAGCUGAUGGAUUAUCGUCUUUCAUUGGAGAAAAUCCAGUAAAUACAACGACAUCUAUACCAGGAAGUGAAGAGAAAUCUUUCGACUCUGGAUCAAGUCUUGCAAAAAACAUCAAUAUCUUGGAAGUAUCAUCGCCCGCAGCCUGCUCCCUCAAACCGAUCGCUUCCACAACAGUCAAGUCAAGUCAGCGACCUCGUUAUGUUUUACCACCGGAUAUAAACACUUUUGCAUCUAACACUCCAACCAGCAUUACCAACAUACCUCCCAAUUCUUCACUCAAAUCAUCUUCAACCUUUAAACCAAACCAAUUACUUCCUCCAUUUCCCCCAAGUAAUCCACAAAAUAAUAUACAAACUGCACAACUUCCCGUACUCAUGGAAACAGUAGAUCAACAAACACAGUGUACCAAUCAGAAUAUUGGUCCAACUUCAACAAUCUCAUCUUCCGUAUCGAUGAGGACCACUUAUCAUCCAGUUGGAGCCCAUUGGUUCUAUUCUACAACUUUUGAAAAUAUAUCCGUUUGGUGGCCAUUUUCACGUCAUGAUUCUUACCAAAUUGAAACUGAGUUUUUCCGAUCAUGUUAUUUACAGUCUACAUCAGAAAAUUCACUGGCUUCUUCCAUUACUAAUAAUACAUCGGAUAUGAAAGCAACAAUUGGAACUCAUGAAAUUGUGGUCCAAGUUGAUGGAGGUCGUUACGAUGUUCAUUUAACAAAAAGAGAACGUCGUUCAGUCUACUGGGACGAAUCACCAUGUCAAGUUAGGCGGGCUACGUGGUUUUAUAAACCACAAGGUGAAUCACGUGUACUUCCUUUUUCUGAACGGACAUGUGACUUAUUGGAAGCCCAAUACAAAUUAAGUGUCGAACAAGGACAAUGGGGUAAACGUUUUGAUUUACCAUCAGAAGAUAGACGUGGUGGUAGUGAUGUAUUUAUCUUUAAUAGCCCACAAUCGAUGAUCCAAUAUUUAGCCUGGCCAUAUGAUAUAUCUUCAACAGCCAACUCGGGAAAUGUUGUUGCCGGUACAUCAUCACCACUUAUUCAUUUAGAUUCAAGUCAGAUAUCCCAAGAAAUGUCUUUAACUGGUCAAUUAUUUGAAGGACGUGUGUGCUACCUACAUCGUGGUUUAAAUGAUCAGUUGAUGGAACAGAUUGAUGAAGGAGAUUAUAAACCAAUAGACCAGUUAUUUUUCAUUGUACAUGGCAUCGGCUCAAUAUAUAAUUUAAAAGGACAAGGUUUGAUAGAAUGUGUUAAUGAUAUGAGAAGAACAGCUAAACAGUUGGGUCAAACGCAUUUUCCACAUCAUCCGUAUCGUGUGGAAUUUUUACCGAUUCUUUGGCAUGAUGAAUUACAUUCAGAUACUGUGACCGGUUUAGACAAACAGUUGGAACAAAUCACUCUUGGUAGUAUACCGAAAUUAAGACAAUUUACUAAUGAUUCAUUAAUGGAUAUAUUGUUUUAUACAAGUUCUAGAUAUUCACAACUAAUCGUAAAUACAGUGGCUAGAGAGAUUACUAGACUACGUGAAUUAUUUCUUUCACGUAAUCCAAACUUUAGUGGUAAUAUCUCUAUUAUCGGUCAUAGUUUAGGAGCUGUCAUAUCAUUUGAUUUAUUAUGCCAUCAAACCGCUUAUAAUCCAUCAUAUACUACCACAACUGACCAAUCUCCUAUAGUAUCGUCGUCUACAGUACAUAAUAAUAAUACUAGAACAAUUUGUAGUACUUUUAUUACAGAUACAGAUUCACAAUCGAGAACAAUAAAUGAUGUGAAUUAUGUUAAUGAACUUCUUAGUGAAGUAAAGGUCGACCAGUUUACAGAUGAUGUGAGUUCUUCCAAAAUAACAGCAACUAUUUUUCCUGCUGCUACGAUAACGAGUGUUACUAGUAGCAUUAGUAGCGGUAGUAAUGGUUCUACAACUAUGGUGACUGAUACAAACACUUCUGUGAAUAUUUCAUCAUUAUCAUCUGCCUCAUCUUCGUCAACUUGUCCAUUGAAAGAUCAUGCUAAUGAUGAAAAUAAAAGUGAACAUAGUACAACUACGUCAGAUACGGGACAAAAUGAUAUGGGUGAAUGGUCUAUUAUUGAUGAUUGCCAUCAUCGUAACCGUUCAAAAUCCAAGUGCAAUAAUGAUGGUAAUAAUGCAAAUAGAAGCCAAUCAGAGACAAUGCCUAUUCUGUCUCUGAGUAACAUCAGUCAUCUUAACGAAAUCUUAUUACAAAAUGGACUAAAUGUUGACCAAACACGUAGUAUACUUGAAUCAAUUAUAAAAUGGAAUAAAAUUAAUCAACUUGAAAGCAAAUCUGUGGAAGAUUUAGAAAAGGAAAAUAAUUAUCACGGUAUGUUGGCCAAUUCAUCUACAGUCAAUUCAAGUAUCACUACUGGGCAAAUUUUACCAAACAUUGUCACAACUUCAAAUUCAAUAUUGACGUCAUUUUGGUUGGAAAAUCAUUGUUUCUAUGCAAACCAGUGCAACAGUAAUAAUGCUGGAUUUGGUAUUACAUUGCCUAACUAUCCUCAGUUAGGCUUUACUAUAUCUGGCCUAUAUACAUUAGGCUCACCGAUACCACUGUUUCUAACUGCACGCGGCAUUAAAACGUUGAGUAGCGAAUUUCACUUGCCAACAUGUUCAACAUUUUAUAACAUAUUUCAUCCAUUUGACCCAGUUGCCUAUCGUAUGGAAACAUUGAUUGAUUCAGAAUUCCAGCAAAAAUCUGUCCUCAUUCCACAUCAUAAAGGACGCAAACGUAUACACUUACAAUUGAAAGAUAACUUAGCCUGGGUUGGUUCUGAAUUAAAAAGUAAAUUUUACAAUUCCGUUCAAUCUACUUGGCGCAGUCUACAUGAAUUUGCAUUGGCUCAUAAAUUUAUUAGUGCCCCCGGUGAAUUAGGAUCUGUUUCCACUGCAUAUACUUGUGGUAGCAGUUCAAAUGAAGAUGGAUUAGAGGAUUAUGAAAAUGUUUGUAAUAUUACUGACAAUCGUAAUGAUGUUGUUACAACAACUUAUCGUAAUUUAACAACUCAUGAUUUAUCUUUUAACAGUCGACUUAAUCAAGGUAGACGUAUGGAUUAUGUUUUACAGGAAGCUACUUUGGAAAGUUUCAAUGAGUACCUUUUUGCUCUUACAAGUCAUGCAACCUAUUGGGAUUCAGUGGACACUGUGUUGUUUAUACUAACAGAAGCGUAUUCCGAAAAAGGUAUAGCUCCUAUAAUGCCUGGUCAAAAGAAUAUGCCUCAAAAUACAAUUCAUGUAAGAGCAUUAUCACCUUCUCUUACUUCUGCCGGCUCAACUUCUGUUCAUUCUGUGCCUAAUGCAUCUUCUGUAACAGCAGAUUCUUUUGUAAAUAUAAAUAAUGGUCACCAAAUGUCUGCAUCUCAACAAUUCGAUCAUUUGGUUUCCUUAUCUGCUAUCCACCAAAAUCAACCUUAUCUUGUUACAACUACUGUAGCUAGUACUGUUUCUUCUAUUUCCACGAUUUCCAAUGUUCAAGGUCAACUGCCACCAUCCUUAUCAUACAUGACACCUCCCCCAGUCAUUCUCACCACUACCAAUGAUAAUAAUACUCACUAUAUACAAACUACGGUUACCGAUUCGUACUACAUGGCACCAGUUAGUCAGCUUUAUUCCUCUGCGGAUCCGCUAUCAUCUCAUAUAGCCUCUGACUGUUUAACUCAAAAUUAUAUAUCUCCACAAAUUUCUGUUUGUAUGUCACAAGAGUUUUCAAAUACCGCUGGAAAUUAUUUACAAACACAAAAACAACAACAGUAUUCAAAUAUACCAGCUUAUGCUCAUCGUAAACAAAUUUCUGUCACUAAUCCAACUACUAGUUCUUUUACACCUUCCAUACUUCCAUUUCGUCCAACAACACCGCCAACCUCAUCCGUUUUUGUUAAUCAUCCAAUGUCUGUCGUACCAUCUACUAUCCCUGGUCCACUUUGUACACCUACUAAUAUAUUUAUGCCAGCAUCAACAAUAGGGAAAAAUACGUUUUGUCCAUCGUCUCAAAUGUUUCCACCAGUAUCUCAAUAACAGCAACAAUCACUGCUAUGAGUUUGUUUUCAGCUAUCUAGCUUAUAUUGUCAAAAGAAGAGGAUUUAUGUGAAUUUUUAUGGUUAUGGUUGCUUUUUAGGCUAACAAUCUUUCAUACAGGUACACAAGAUCUAAUCUAGAAAAUCUUUAGUUAUUUCUGUUUUGUUGCUAACUUACCUUUACUCAGCUUCUUCAUAAUUAAAAUAGCUGUGAUUAACUUUAUUCCACUAGUUUUUUUUACUCAUUACUUAUCUGUUUUUUUCGAUUCCUUUUCGUUUGAACUGUAAUGCUAGAUGAAGAGAGGACCGUUUUUAUUUGUAUUGUAAUUAUUAAAUAAGAGAAUUUACGUCAGACGGAUUUUGACUAACUUUUUUCCAUAAUGUUACUAACCGAUGAAUAUCAGUUGUAGUGUGAGAUAAUAAGGUACCUGACUUUCAAUCCAACUCGCAAAUUAAAGAUCAACAUUUCACUCUGUCGCUUGAUAAUGUUUAGAUUGUCCCAUUCUAUUUUUUUUUUUUGAAUAAUGCUGCUUUGUGUUAUAUCGGACAGGCAAUUAACGUUAUCUAUUCAUUCACUAUAUGUAUACAAAGUGCGGUUCUUUAACUCAGUAGUAAUAUAGGUUACGUUCUUGCUGUUAAGCGAGUCAUGUCAGUCAGUCAGCGACAACGUAGGACCAGGCACAUUUAUGCAUCGGUCCAAGUUGCCAUA